AUACCGAAACCCUAAUUUGGUCCGAGCUGCAGCUCCGUGGUUGCAAGUCAGGAAGGAGGGAAGAGAAGAGGAGCAAGGAGGAUGACGACGAGAUUUAAGAAGAACAGAAAGAAGAGAGGGCAUGUGAGCGCUGGACAUGGCCGUAUCGGGAAGCACAGGAAGCAUCCGGGAGGUCGAGGUAACGCCGGCGGUAUGCACCACCACCGAAUUCUCUUCGAUAAAUACCAUCCUGGUUAUUUCGGUAAGGUUGGUAUGCGAUACUUUCACAAGCUUCGCAACAAAUUCUACUGCCCCAUUGUCAACAUCGACAAGCUCUGGUCCCUUCUUCCCCAAGAAGCGAAGGAUAAGGCUUCCAAGGAUAACGCCCCUUUGAUUGACGUCACUCAAUUUGGGUACUUCAAGGUGUUGGGCAAAGGGGUUUUGCCUGACAACAAACCCGUCGUCGUGAAGGCCAAGCUCGUGUCCAAGAUUGCUGAGAAGAAGAUCAAGGAGGCCGGAGGAGCUGUUGUCCUCACUGCUUAAGGUUAAAAUGUUGUAUUACAACUUUGUUGAAAUUCCGAUGUUUUUAGACACUAUCAAUAUCGAUUUUGAAUUAUUGAGACCUCUGAUGUUGUUUUCAGUCAACAUGUGAGGAUUUAAAUAUAUUUUUAUUAGUUAGCGUGAACUGGCCUACUUGCAACACAUAAUAUUUGAUUUAUUAUGGCUUAUCUACCUUGGACAAGCUAAACAUGAUCAUAGGUUCUAUGUGGCAAUACAUUGUUUGGUUGGGAUUUUGAUUUUUGAAAA